AAUUUGGAGUGGAAACGUGUAAUAGGGGAAAAAGCAGGGUUUUCGGCGGUUUUAGCGAGCCGCGCAUCCAGGAGCCAAAAAAGAUUAACACCCCCCCACCCCCCUCCGCAACACACACUCGCACACACACACACACACGUACCCCUCGGGGUACCGUCGCGCCGCCGAGAUCACCCGCCGGACAUCAAGCGAAAGGGAUUCGUCUGGAGGGCAAUUUCGGAUCGGGGGAGAUCUAUUGGAUUAGUAGGAUUAUCUGCUUGCAGACGGAGAGAAGUAGCGUUUGAUCAUUUCUAUUGCUUGCCUGAUGGUCGGAUUUAAAUGGAGGUGGCUCGGCACGGAUGAGGCUGAAUUCCGGAUGGGGAUUUCCAGCUCCCCCUCCCCUCGCCCCGAUCCGAGGAAAGGGGAGAAAAAUAUAUAAAAAUCGAUAUAAUUCGGAAGUGUCCGGGGCACGAUUGAGAAACCUCCAGCUCACAGCGGCUGGGAGAGAGCCGGAGGAGGCGAAUCCAGUGAAUUACAGUUUCAGCUGCGAUUGCAGAAAAGCGGCCGUGAACUGGAUAUAGACCUGCGGCUAACUGGAUUUGAUUUAUAAGAGGAGAUUCUGCAGUAAAUGGCUGCUCUCUUCAUAUUGCUGCUAUGGAAAACAGAAUUGUCAAUAGGAUGUAGUCUGAUAAAUAGCGCUGAGUGAAGAUGCAGCUUCAAUAAGUGUGAAAUCAAUGGAAGAUACUUACCGCAUGAAAAGCCUCUUGAGAUUUUUCUGACAGGCAUCUAUUUAGGAAACUUGAUCUGUUUCCUUCGGUUGCCCUGUUUUUACACCAGUGGAUACAAAUCAGAUUGCUUCACUGUAGUUACACAACUAAUGUGGGACCAUGGCCUUUCCAAGAUCCAUGUGGCUGAACUGUGUAUGGAGAGCGAUGAUAGUCCGCCUGUUACACAUGGGAUUGAAUGCCACUUUUGCUUUUUGUAUACUUGGAUUUUUGCUUCACGCUGCAGCUGUGUCCUCCCAAAAAUUGGAUGAUACCAACCCAGUGGUGACCACCAACUUUGGCAAGAUAAGAGGGAUUAAGAAGGAACUUAAUAAUGAAAUUUUGGGGCCCGUUAUUCAGUUUCUCGGGGUUCCGUAUGCUGCCCCUCCAACAGGGGAGCGCCGCUUUCAACCUCCUGAGCCUCCGUCUCCCUGGGCAGAUAUCAAAAAUACCACUCAGUUUGCUCCAGUGUGUCCCCAGAACAUUAUAGAAGGCAGGCUGCCUGAAGUCAUGCUUCCCGUGUGGUUUACUAAUAACUUGGAUGUAGUUUCCACCUAUGUACAAGAUCAGAAUGAAGACUGCCUCUAUUUAAAUAUCUAUGUCCCAACCGAGGAUGGUCCCCUUACAAAGAAACAGACAGAUGAUUUAGGUGAUAAUGACGGUGCUGAAGAUGAAGACAUUCGGGACAGUGGGGGACCUAAGCCUGUGAUGGUGUAUAUUCAUGGAGGGUCCUACAUGGAAGGCACUGGAAAUUUAUAUGAUGGCAGUGUUCUAGCAAGUUAUGGGAAUGUGAUAGUCAUCACAGUCAACUAUCGCCUUGGGGUACUUGGAUUUUUGAGCACUGGGGACCAAGCAGCAAAAGGAAACUAUGGCCUCCUUGAUCUAAUUCAAGCUUUGCGAUGGACUAGUGAAAAUAUUGGGUUCUUUGGCGGUGACCCAUUAAGAAUAACUGUUUUUGGAUCUGGUGCAGGCGGUUCAUGCGUCAAUCUGUUGACUUUAUCCCAUUAUUCUGAAGGACUUUUUCAAAGAGCAAUAGCUCAAAGCGGAACAGCUCUCUCCAGCUGGGCGGUUAGUUUUCAGCCUGCAAAAUACGCUAGGAUGUUGGCUACAAAAGUUGGUUGCAACAUGUCAGACACUGUAGAAUUGGUAGAAUGUCUGCAGAAGAAGCCUUAUAGAGAACUUGUUGACCAGGACAUUCAACCAGCAAGAUACCAUAUAGCCUUUGGACCGGUAAUCGAUGGCGAUGUGAUACCAGAUGAUCCUCAGAUAUUGAUGGAACAAGGAGAAUUCCUCAAUUACGACAUCAUGUUGGGAGUUAACCAAGGGGAAGGAUUAAAAUUUGUUGAAAAUAUUGUGGACAGUGAAGAUGGCAUAUCAGCUAGUGAUUUUGACUUUGCAGUUUCUAAUUUUGUCGAUAACUUAUACGGAUACCCUGAAGGCAAAGAUAUAUUGAGGGAAACUAUUAAAUUUAUGUACACGGACUGGGCAGAUCGACACAAUCCUGAGACCAGAAGGAAAACGCUGCUGGCUUUGUUUACUGAUCACCAGUGGGUUGCACCAGCAGUGGCUACAGCUGAUCUUCACUCAAAUUUUGGAUCGCCUACAUAUUUCUAUGCCUUCUACCAUCAUUGCCAGACAGAUCAGGUACCCGCCUGGGCAGAUGCAGCCCACGGAGAUGAAGUUCCUUACGUACUAGGAAUCCCCAUGAUUGGUCCUACUGAAUUAUUUCCUUGUAAUUUCUCCAAAAAUGAUGUCAUGCUGAGCGCAGUGGUGAUGACAUACUGGACCAACUUUGCAAAAACUGGUGACCCAAAUCAACCAGUGCCGCAAGAUACAAAAUUCAUCCAUACAAAACCAAAUCGUUUUGAAGAAGUAGCAUGGACCAGAUAUUCUCAGAAAGACCAACUGUAUCUUCACAUUGGAUUAAAACCACGAGUUAAAGAACAUUAUAGGGCCAAUAAAGUGAACCUUUGGUUGGAACUGGUACCUCAUCUGCACAAUCUUAACGACAUUUCACAGUAUACCUCUACCACAACUAAAGUGCCAUCAACUGAUAAUACUUUCAGACCAACAAGGAAAAAUUCUGUUUCUGUUACUUCAGCCUUUCCUACAGCCAAACAAGAUGAUCCCAAACAACAACCAAGCCCGUUUUCAGUGGAUCAAAGGGACUAUUCAACAGAAUUGAGUGUCACUAUUGCAGUUGGUGCAUCUUUGCUGUUCCUGAACAUUUUGGCCUUUGCAGCAUUGUACUACAAAAAAGACAAGCGGAGACAUGAUGUUCAUAGGAGAUGUAGCCCACAACGUACUACUACCAAUGAUCUUACCCAUGCACAAGAAGAGGAGAUAAUGUCCCUCCAAAUGAAGCACACUGACUUGGAUCAUGAAUGUGAGUCCAUCCAUCCACAUGAGGUGGUUCUUAGGACCGCCUGUCCCCCAGACUACACGCUAGCUAUGAGAAGGUCUCCUGAUGAUAUUCCCUUAAUGACACCCAACACCAUCACAAUGAUCCCCAACACUAUACCAGGGAUUCAACCCCUACACACAUUCAAUACAUUUACUGGAGGACAGAACAAUACUCUGCCCCAUCCUCAUCCCCACCCCCAUUCACACUCAACAACCAGGGUAUAGCCAGACAAGACGAAACAAACUUUAUUUUUUGAUGGAUUACAGUAGGUGAUAUUACUGAAGAUUACUUGGCUUUCAACCUACAAGACUCUUACUAUUUAAAUAUGGAGGAAUAUUAUGUGAAUAUACAUAUCAAGAACUUUUGGGGUUUUGAAAAAAAUGAAUUGUACAUAUAUCAAAUGAACUUAAGAAACAAACAAACAAAACAAAGAAAAGAAAAAACAAAAAAAAAACCCAACUGUUUGCAAUUGCUUGAAGCAGUUGUCCUGAAUGAUACUUUUUCAUUCACAUUCAAGUAUUAAUUUUUUGAAGAUUUAAGUUACAUAAUGGAAUUAGGCAUGUGCAACACAAACAGGAAAGAACUAUGACUGAGAAUUUUAAAAACCUAUAAAUAUGCACAAGGGACACACUAAUGGAAUGUCAGAUAAUUUUCACCAAUUUUUAUUUGGACCUGUUUUCUUGUGUAGACCAUAUUUACAUAUUUGAAUAAGUACACAAAGCACCAAUGCUGUUAAGGCCUUAGAAAGGGGCUCAUGCUGAAAUCUGCCAGUCAAAGAUGUUUUACAGCCUGGCAGGUACAACAUUAUCACAUAAGUGCUGUCAGUAUAAAGUUGUGGGAAUAAAGGAAACUGGAUAUUUUUAGCACGAUGUGCAUGAUAAUUUAUAUGCUUGGUGGCUGUGCUGCUGAUUAAGCCGUAAUUAAAAUUCUUAUCAUCCCAUUGGAGUUUUUAAUAGAAGCUUUCUCCAUCAAUUGGCACAACCUAAAGAAGUUUUUUAAAGGGGCAAAAGUAAUUACAGUAAAAUAUUUCAGUUUAGCUUCAGAAACAGAAGGAAUUGCAACAGUUCUUAAAGGUAUUUAUGGCAUUCUAGGUAUACAGUGGUGAACCCUCGCUGAUAUAAAUCCCAGACAAAAAAAUCUGUAUUAUUAACGUUGUUCUUCCUUUCCACCUAAAUAAUUUCUAACUUAAACGUAACUAUAACUUUAAUGGAAUGUCCUUUGAUGAAGGAUCUAUAAUCUGCUGUGAUUUAGUUACAAUUUAUUUAGUUCAAAUUGGUAAGGUAAAGUGUGCCCAAAAAUUUAAUUGCAAUGAUAUUUUGCAAUAUGAAAAUGCCCCAAUAUUACUGCUCUGAUUACACCUUUCAGUUUAUUGUUUAAACUCAUGUUGCAUGUUACAAAGUUUACUUAUAAUACUUUAAUAUAAAGUUAAUUCCCUUUUUGCUAUACGUUAGCUUUGCCAUUCAAAUGAAUUCUCUAGACCAGAUGGCAACACUGUAGAAAAAGAGGGUAUGUAAGAAUGGGGAGAGAGCCAACAACUGGAAAUUUUUAAAUCUGAAUACUACAUAUGUUUGUGUGAUUUGCAAUGAAUGUUCUAAAAUCACAAGAAAUUUUCCAUUCCCCUGUUGCUUUCCAGUAAUUAUAUACCAUGGUCCUUUCAAAAUGUUUGUAUAUGUAAUCAGAUGUACAUUUAUAUAAAAGAAAUAAUUGAGAUGGACUUAAGAGCACAUCCCUGAUACUUUCUCUCUUACCUGUACUAUAUUUCUAUUAGACUAAAGUUAUGUGAUUUUUUUUUACAUUUUUUCAAAUUACUAGCAAUUUUGAUAGUUUGUAAGAUAAUGCGAAGAACUUUCUCUGACAAACUAACUGCAGUAACAGAAACAUUUCUUUUCAGUUACUCUUUUUCAAGAAUGAAAGCUUAUUACACACAAAAAUUGUAUACUACUUGAUGGAAAAUUACUUUGUACUUCUUGGCCAUAUUACUGGUCACUGAGUGAAAUAAAGAUAAUCUGGAUAACGAAUAUUAUUCCAAUGCUAAGAAACCUGAUCUUUGCUCAUUAAAGAGCUAAAAUGUUUAUUGCUGUUUUGUCAUUUUUUUAAUGAAGUAAUGGUAACUGUCUCAAAUAAAGAGUAAUAUCUUAAGACCAGUCUGGUUUUUGAAGACAUGAACAUGCCUUCUACAACGAAUACAACUGCAUAUUUAUGGGCCAGUCCCAUCUACAGCCAUUUCUUACAGAAAUACUGACAUUCUGACUGUAGGAUGUCAUAGUACUACACGCAAAUCUCCCCUAGCUUUCAGGAAUAAGUUAAAAAUGCAAAUAUCAACGCCAAAAAAAAGCCAAGGAACAGGCCUAAUUGAAAUAGAUCUGCAGUAUUCCGUGACAGGAAAAAAAAUUACCCGGGUUUUAUUCGGGUGCUUGAACUUUCUUAAACGAUUGCUAGGAAGUUCAAAGUGUGUUGGCUAACAUCAAGCACAAAUGUUAAAACUGAAGCUGAAAGUGAAAUAAAGUACUGCAAUUUCAGUCAUUUUAUUUAGCUAUUAACAACAAACAAGCAAAAAAAAUCCAUAUAUUAGUGCGUGUUACAGUCCCCACUUUUAAAUUAAGCUCUUUUGGUAGAAGCGUUUAAAAAUAGUCUUCAAAAUCCAGGGCGGUCUGUGUGCAAUUUCUGCCUGAUGUGGUUGUGCUUUUAGACUGUGACCUGCCAAUGUAAACCAAUAAAAAGAAUUGUCUGCCAUCUGAUAAUUAUUGUUUAAUAGGAAGAUUGUAUUUUGCUAUGUUGAUGAAACAAAGAAAAAAAAUACAAAAAUAUUGAUGGCCAUAAAAUGAGAUAUUCAUGAAAUAUGAUUUUAUGUGCUUUUCUUAACUUUAUCAAAACCAAAAUAACUUUCUACUACAGUUUAUUUGUGGCCAUAUAUCUAUAUAUCUCUAUAUAUACAGUAUCUGGUAAUUGUUUACUUUUAUUAGUUACAAAAUAAAUGAUUUAGGUAAACCAAGCAUGACACUACACUUUAUUUCUGUCAGCCAACAGUAUUUCAAAUGUGAAAGAUGAAGGCAACAACACAAAUUUUAUCACUCCUGUUUGGAAAAAAAAAAAAAAAGAAAAAAAAAAGUCCAUUCCUGUGAUGCAGAUACUGUGAACGAUACUUUAGUGGCUACUUUAUAAUUCCAUUACAGCAGCUGGCUUUCCAGAAGUAAGAUGGUGUCCCGCGUUUUAACACAACAUUAAGAAAGACCGAGAAAUGUUUUAAAGUUGAAAGAAAAUAAAAAUAUAGGAAAUGGUUUUGGAAUAUCUUCAUUAUGCUUCAUGGAAUAUAAGUUUGUUCUUUUUAAAAUAUUUAUGUUUGAUUUGUUUUCCACGGUAGCCUACAAGAAAGCAAAACUGAGUGUGGUAUUUAAUUUCUUGUAUCAUCCUUGGACCAGAUUUCCAAUAAAAUUAGGAUAUCAGUCAGUCUUUGGAAGUUCAGUCAAAAUAUAAAAAGCCUGCAUUUAUUGCUUUCACACUUUUGUAAAUAUGUUUGCAGACCUUUUUAAGAAAAUGUAUUCUACCAUUUUGAGAAAACAAAUAACAAUGGAAUCAUUGUCUCGUUUAUCUAUUAAAAUUACAGGCAAUAUAAUGUGCUGUGCUGACAUUUCUAGGAGAAAUAAAGCAGAUAAA